UUUGAGAGGGGGAGGAGUUGUGCCUAAAAAAACAAACCCAACCUGUCCUCCUCAGCUCUGCCAACCUGUCAGUCCAGCCAUGCAAGAGAAGAGGGAGAGAGAGAGGAAAAGAAAGGAGGGAGUGAAGCAGAGAUUCUCUCUCAGCAGACAUUGAGGUUUCCAACGAACAAAGAAAACAAAUAACCUCAAGUGUGCCCCAUGAAUUGAUGCCACGAGGCAGAGAUGAGGAAGACGACGGACCAGGGCGGUUCCUACAGGCCCGUGAGCAUCCAGGGAAAUAAGAUCAGCUACCGAGGCACGUGCCAGGAAAGGCCUGAGAAGGGGGUGAAGAGGCUGCAGAAGCGUUUCCUCCACAAGGAUGGCAGCUGCAACGUCUACUUCAAGCACAUCUUCGGGGAGUGGGAAAGCUACGUGGUGGACAUCUUCACCACGCUGGUGGACAUCAAGUGGCGCCACAUGUUCGUGAUAUUCUCCCUGUCCUACGUGCUCUCCUGGCUGUUCUUCGGGCUGGUGUUCUGGCUGAUCGCCAUCCAGCACGGGGACCUGUUCGGCGACGAGGGGGUGACCCCCUGCGUGGCCAACGUCCACAGCUUCACGGGGGCGUUCCUGUUCUCCCUGGAGACACAGACCACCAUCGGCUACGGGUACCGCUGCGUCACCGAGGAGUGCUCGGCCGCCAUCCUCACGGUGAUCCUGCAGUCGGUGCUGAGCUGCAUCAUCGACACCUUCAUCAUCGGGGCAGCCCUGGCCAAGAUGGCCACGGCCCGCAAGAGGGCCCAGACCAUCCGCUUCAGCUACCACGCCGUGGUGGGCCUGAGGGACGGCAAGUUUUGCCUCAUGUGGCGCAUCGGCGACUUCCGGCCCAACCACAUGGUGGAGGGGUCUGUGAGGGCUCAGCUGCUGCGCUACAAGGAGGACAAGGAGGGCAGGAUGACCAUGGAGUACAGGGACUUGAAGCUGCUGAACGACCACAUCAUCCUCGUCACCCCAGUGACGGUGGUCCACGAGAUCGACAGCGAGAGCCCCUUGUACGGCCUGGACAGGAAGGCCCUGGCCAAGGACAGCUUUGAGAUCUUGGUCACCUUCGUCUACACGGGCGAUUCCACGGGCACCUCACACCAGUCCAGGAGCUCCUACGUGCCCAGGGAGAUCCUCUGGGGCCACAGGUUUAACGACGUCCUGCACGUGAAGAAGAAGUACUACAAGGUGGAUUGCUUGCAGUUUGAGGAGACCACCGAGGUGUACGCCCCCCACUGCAGUGCCAUGCAGCUGGAUCGGAAGGAGCAGGAGUGGAAUCGAGCCGAGAAGACACAGGAGAAAGAAGCAGAGUCGUCAGCACUGGAGAUCAAGACAUUCAGCUCCAACCAAAAGUCUUUCAGUGCUGUUGCUCUCGUCACCAGCUGUGAAGACCCCGAAGAUCCAGUGACGACUGUCACCCAGCCCUCUGCAGAGGCUUCUUACCGGAAAGCAGCCGUGACCUUGAGCAGGCUCUCCAUAGAGUCCCAAAUCUAGCUCUGACUGCAGUUAAAAUCACUCCCA